UGCAGCGGUGCGGCUCGUGAUUGGAAAAGAGGGGUUGAAAGAUUUUUUGUUGUAAAAAUAGCUAUGGCGGGAAUUAUCCCAGAUAUACWGACUCAGAGACAGAACUUAAUGCAGAAGCUCAGGAGAGCUUACUUGUCUUCUGUUCCACUUAUGGAACCGGGACUUUUGUCUUUUGCGAUCGAAGGAGGGGUAGCAAUUACUAGACCAAUCCCGGAGGUUAGCUACCUUUUGACUACCUAUGCCCGCACUCAUGCGGUUGUUCUGCGUCUUCCAAAAGUGGUAACGGGUUGGUCGCGAAGCAUGAAGAAGGCGUGGUUGGGGGCAUGCGAAGAUCUCUGGCUUAUGGGGAGGGGACCCUGGAGGGGAAAGAUAGAUGUUGAAGGCGUAUUGGCUCUCGUCUACACAGCGCCUACGACAGAGCUAAGGGAUUGGUUGCUGAAUGAAAGGAAACUUGAGACGAUCAAAGUUGGAGGUGAGAUCUUGGAUGUCUCCAUUAGAGCAUGGAGGUCGCCGGCAGAGAUUGAAUUUCAACGCGAGGAAGAACGUCGGCGAUGGCCAUGGGUCAAGGUCUUUGCGACUCCAACUAAUGUGGCGCCGUUGGUGCGCCCAACAGUGGAACAAUUUUUUGGCGAGAUAGUUUGCUCAUCAAAGCAUGCAGACGACGACCGGGAAUAUGAGAAGUUUGUAAUCAAAGGGCCGUUAAAACCGAAUGUCAGGGAAGUGGGAGUGGCUACGGGCCCCUCCACCGUACACGAUCUUUGCUAUGUUACUAGCGAAACUCCAUUUUGUGAGAUUUGCUACACGCACGGCCACUUGGGGAAGGAUGGGCGAUGCCUAUCCAGAACAGAAACGGCUAGGGAAUUACAGGAGAAAGAGAUGCGAAGGAGAUUGGAUCCUAUUCUAACCUCAAAUUUCGUCGAAGAACAAAGGAUGUGGAGUGAGGUGGAACUCAAAUUCGAUAAGGAGAUUGUUUUGGAGGCAAGGACGGAGCGAGCUUCUAAAAAUCAAAUGGGAGGGGGCGACAAAGAAGGAAGGACGAGUGAGAGAAGGGAGAGAAGUUCUAGGAGAAACCGUCCAGCAACUUCUUAUGAUCACAUGGACGUUGACGACAUCAACCCRCGAUGGCUCUUUGGGGACGACAAACGCAAGUAUCGAGAAGGUUCGCACGAUGAAGAAGGAAGGGACAAACGACAGUGCAGCCCGGCGAACCCAACUACUGUCAUCAAUGAAGAGCGACUGCAAGACAAGCAUGUCGACCCAGCUUCUCACUCGAAAGAUGGGCAAAACGUUAACGCAGACCAAGAGAAGGAAGCUGACGAAGACUCACAGGGCGAACCACUCAUUGACAGGCGACAAAAGGGGAAAGAGGUGCAGCUUAAUAUGGGCUGUGACAAAGGGGUGCAAACCGAAGACAUUCACGAGACACUUGCUGAACAGGAAGUGGCAGUGGACGGAGCUGGUGCAAGCGCUGCGGUCCACACUACCCAGGAAGUGGGCGAAGCGAGUGGUUUGCAUACCGAAGUUGAACCUGCAAGCCAAACGGUGGAGCCGGAACAAGGAACUACCGUUGAUAUCCGCGGCCAGGAAGAGAAGUACCAUGGCAAACAGUCUCCAACCAAGGAAACGCUUGAAGAUCAAACAGAUGACUUAGACUGGAUUCUGCAAGGGCAGCAGUUCCUGCGUGCCUGUCUACUGAAACGGCUAGCACAGAGUUAUAGGGCGCACUUGGCGACCGGGCAGGAAUACGUCUCUCGGAUGGAACAACUGAAUGAAGGACCGAAAUAUGGUCAAGGGGAGGAGGAGUGGUGGGCUGAAAGGUUGGAAGCCAAUCGGCUGUGGAAGGAAUGGGCGAUUAACGAAGCAGUGAGAUGGGGGCGCAAAUCCAAGGUUAAAUGGAUUGCGAUGGGCGAAAGGAUGUCUAAGCGCUUCUUCAGGGAACUGGGAGCUAAGAGAGGCAUUGCCACCAUGUCAGCAAUGGAUCAUCCAUUUAAUAACUUCAUUGCCCGCCAAGAAUCUACUCUAGGUAUUCUGGGAUGUGUGGUGGACUUCUACUCAGACUUAUUUACUGAGGAAGAACAGUGGGCUACGCAGGCUAUGGAAACAGAACCACAAGACCAGAUCUGGAGUAACAUCACUGCUAAACUUGCAGACCAAGAGUCUGCAGCUCUGGAACUAAAUAUCUCAGUAGACGAAGUCAAUCAGGCCAUUAUGGCCCUACCCAGACUCCGGGCUCCGGGUAUUGAUGGGAUUCCUAUCGAAAUGUUCAAGGAAGCCCGCCUCUUCUUUGCUCCUCUGCUUGCUGCGGCAUUUAAUCAAGCUUUUUGUAAUAAUCGCCUUCCUGUAGGAUUCGCAGACGCCUUCAUUAUCCUUCUCUAUAAGAAAGGAGUAAGAGAGGACGUUCRCAAUUGGCGCCCAAUUUCRAUUUWAAAUGUCAUUUAUAAAGUGUUGGCGAAAAUUCUGUCUGAUAGGAUAGGUAAGGUCCUCCCUAGCAUCAUUCACCCCUCACAGACGGGGUUUGUCCCUGGCAGACAGAUUGUCUCCAACAUUAUGUGCGCCCGUCAAAUUUUGCAGCAAGCCGACCUCGACGACCAGAAGCUGGCCUUUGUCACCAUCGACCUUGAAAAGGCCUACGACCAGGUACGGUGGGAGUUUCUCCUCCAAAGUAUGAUGAAAAGAGAAAUUGGGCCAGUUUUCUGCAAAUGGACUCGAUUGUUGUUAAGCAAUGCUGGUACAUUUAUGCAGGUGAAUGGUGUUCGAUCGAAUCGCAUUCCCCUUACCCGGUCGGUGAGACAGGGAUGCCCUCUGUCCCCUGCCCUCUACGUCAUCUACGUUGAAUCUCUGCAUGAUGUUCUCAGAGCAGACCACCAACUCCGAGGUUUGGAGAUGACCCCCGAUUCAUCUCUCAAGUCGACGGCCUUCGCGGAUGACACAGGGGCCAUCAUCCCUGCGGAGGUGGACCAGCUAAGGAGAUUGCAGACGGACCUUGAACUGUUUGCCAGAUUCUCGGGGGCUCGGGUUAACUGGCAAAAAUCAGAGGCUAUCCUACCAAAGGACUACGCUACCCCCGAGGGCUGGGACAUACCUACUUGGAAUGACAAUGACAACCUGAGCUUUUCUGGGUGCCAUUGUCAUGCCCGAUGAAGGAGGCACCUGUCAAAUGGAAUCCUUGGCGACUGCAAUGAUCACUCGGCUAGGGCGCUGGGCUAAAAGGGCGCACCUGGGGGCCUACGGAAAGUCAGUGGUCCUCAACAGGUGAUGUCUACCUUGUGGUAUGUUAAGGCCACCCAUCUGUCGAAACGCCGUACUUUCCAACGCCUGCGAACUGCAUCUCAGAGGUACUUGUGGCCGGGGGAUGUGGAGGCAACAGACUCCAUCCCAAGAGUGGCGUGGAAGAAAUUGAUUCAGCCCAGAGUGGAGGGUGGACUGGGCAUUAUCGACCCGGAAUUGCAAAUCAAGGCCCUGCAACUCA